AUGGACGACUUCGAGUAUAAAAUUCUCUGCUGCCACGUGGCAGUCGAUGUAGCAAUUCUAUGCACAUUGGAGAUUAUUGUCAUUGUGGCGACUUACUUAACAGGCUUCAAACAUCCUUUGAUGACAUGUCAAUCAUUCAAUGUCUCUAUUUUGGAACGCUACAAUGAACCAACUGUUCUCUCCCAACACAAGAUAUGUACAACAAAUGGACCACUAGUAUUCUGGAUCAUUAUCCACCUCUUCACGGAUCUGAUGGCAUUAAUCUCAAUCUACACCAAAAACACCAAGCUUCUUCUUGGAUUUCUGGUAGUCACCUCUCUGGAUCUUCUCGUGUCCCUUGCUUACGUCGUCGUUCUUCUGGCAUUCAUAAUUCUUAAUGAGGAAGUUGACAAGGUGAUGAUAAUGUUCAUGGGAGGAAUGGUUCUAUUCAAGAUUUACGAGAUUCUCACCGGACGGCGUCUCUAUUGGUACCUUCUUUGGAUUCAGGAUAACAUGAUGGCUCCACGUUCGGCACUUAUUAAGAAUGACGAUAACAGUGUUUUUCAGUUUUAG